CUUUUAACAGAGAUUUCCUGGUUGGCUUUAUUUAUGUAACAUACUUCAUAAAAGCACUUUCUACUGUCUCAUUAAGAGGAACAUCAUGGCUGAUGGUGACAUGCAGAGAGGUGGGGACACUGUAGAUGCUGCAGUUUGUGGAAAUGGGGGAAAUGCAGAGGCUGCAGGAAGUUGCAAGACUACUGAGGAAAAGGACUGGAACAGCAGUAAACCAGAAGCCUCUGAUGUUUACCGCUACAAGAUGGACUACCCCUGCAUUGGCACCUGUGUGAUUAUCAACAACAAGAACUUCCACUCAAAAACAGGGAUGGGCACUCGUAAUGGGACAGAUGCUGAUGCUGCCAGUGUUGCAAAGACCUUCAAAAACCUGGGUUACAAGGUCCAAAUAUUAAAUGACCAGACUGUGGCUGAGAUGAAAAGGCUGUUGUUAGACGCAUCCAAAGAGGACCACAAGAACAAUGCAUCAUUUGUGUGUGUGAUGCUUAGUCAUGGGGAUGAGGGUGUCAUAUACGGCACUGACGGCUGUGAAAAGUUUGAUACGCUGGUACAGUGCUUCAAAGGAAAGCAGUGCAAGGGUCUGGUGGGGAAACCAAAGCUCUUCUUCAUACAGGCAUGCCGUGGUUCAGCCCUGGAUGAGGGAGUCAUUGAGACCGACAGUGUAGGAGACGAGCAGACGUCUGAGAAGAUUCCUGUGGAGGCCGACUUCUUAUACGCCUAUUCCACCGCUCCAGGAUACUACUCAUGGAGAAACACAAGCAACGGCUCCUGGUUCAUACAGAAGUUGUGUGAGAUGUUGGAGCGCUACAGUGGGAAGCUGGAUCUGAUGCAGAUCAUGACGCGAGUCAGCCACGGUGUUUCACGCCAGUUUGAGUCGUCCUGCAACCUGCCUGGAUUUAGCAACAAGAAGCAGAUCCCCUGUAUCGUCUCUAUGUUGACCAAAGACUUUUACUUCCCCGUCUAGAUUUACAUGGUUGAACCUAAUAUCUACCCUCUGGCCACCUUGAAUGUAUACAGUCUGUUGUGGUGUUCUGAGCAGGAUAACAAUGAUUUAAUUGUCACUAUACCCAAAUGCACUUUGCACUGAGGUAAAAACACAUCAGUGUUGGAUGAUUUUAGUGUUUGGUCUUGUUUGGGAAACACAAAACACUAUUAGUUCCAUAGUUAAAAAUAUAUUACAAUAAAAAAACUUAUACUGAUG